GACAUUCUGCUGACGUCGAAGUGAGACUGUCAAAGUUUCCUUAGCUGCAUAAGGCGGAAAAGAAUAUAAAAACAAAGAAAAAAAAAACGAGUGACUCAUUUCCUGCUUUAUCUAUCACUUUCUGCAGUCGGCAAGUAAAGACUGUAUGUUGGAAGGCGAUCUUGCAGACGACGAGUUCUACGUCUCGCGUGUUGCUGGAAGGAAGUACAAGAACAAGACUCUCUUGUACCUCAUUGAGUGGGACGGUUAUCCCAAAGAGAGCAACACCUGGGAGCCCCAGGAAAAUGUCUACGAUGAAAUGCUUGUCAACAAUUUUCUCAAGCAGUUGCGUCGCGAACAUGUGGGCUUGGAUGUGAUCAAUAGCCGUGGCAAGUUGUUGUUAGCCGAUGCUUUUGACCCAGAAGCGCCUGCGCCCAAGCCUACCCCCGCGCCUAAACGGGUCUCCACCUCCUCGACCAGAAGUAGUCGAUACAGCAAGAGAAUUAAGGGGUCGCCUACACCAUCGACCAGCAGCUCUGGCAUUACCGACGAUUUGGUCGUCUCUCGACCUCUCAUGAGAGCGGUGCGAAGCAAGGAGUUGCAGAGUGUUAUCUUCAAUCUCAAGUGGGCUGAUAUCAAGCGUAUCACUGGCGAUCCCGACGUGUACGCUCGUUUCGUGGAAUCCAUCGAAGCAUCGCAAGUGUUGGCGGCGGCUCAAAAUCAUCCGUUGGUCGAGGGUCCUGACAAGCUAUACCAUUUCCACAAUGUAUAUCCACCGGUCACCGUUGUCAAUGAAACUGACGAUGAGUUGUUCCCUGAGAACUUCAUCUACAUUGACGAAUUCAUUUAUUCCAAGGACACCUCCAAGCCCGAUCCCGAGUUUCUCGAAGGUUGCGAGUGUACCUCCAAAUGCAAUACUGGCUCAAAGAAUCAAGGAUGCCAUGAAGGUAUCGCUUAUAGCAAGCGCGGUCGUCUCAUUAUCCCCUCGGGUACUCCCAUCUAUGAAUGCAGCGUUGCUUGCAAAUGUGGCCUUGAUUGCUCCAACCGCGUUGUACAACGUGGACGCAAGAUUCCUCUUCAGAUCUUCAAGACGCCCAGCAAAGGCUGGGGUGUACGUGCCAUGUGUGACAUCAAGUCUGGCAGCUUUGUCGAAGAGUACAUUGGUGAAGUGAUCCCUGAAACUGAAGGCGAAUUCCGUGGUGCCAUUUAUGACAAGAUCGGUACAAGCUACCUGUUUGACAUGGAUUUUGCUGAAACGGAUGAUCUCCCUCCUCGCUUUGUGAUUGACUCUUUCCUGCACGGCAACGCCAGUCAUUUCUUCAAUCACUCUUGCAACCCCAAUCUCAGCGUGUAUGUGGUCUUUUAUGACAGCAAUGAUAUCCAUUUCCAUCGCAUCGCCUUCUUCUCCAAACGCGAUAUCAUGAAGGGCGAGGAGCUCACCUUUGAUUAUGUGGGCUCGGCCGAGUCCGCAGGAUCUUCGACCGGCGAUAAACCCACUCCCACCAAGGGUAAAUUCCCGUGCCACUGUGGCACUCCUGAUUGCAGAACUUGGAUUUAUGCCUAAAACACUGUUUGUGUUUUCUCUUUCGUCAAAGCUAUCUUUAUUAGUGACAAAAAACCCUUUUUUUUUCUUUUCACGUGAUUUGUGUUGAGAUUAUCUCCACCUCCAUAUCUCUAUCAAAUAUCCUUCUGCUUGUGGAAAAAACUGUUUCCAUUUUAUAUUUGUAACCAUCUGUCGUCAUGUAUUGCGGCGUAGGCAUAGGUCAUCCAUCAAUGAAUUCGUUUCUAUGAAAUAAAGUCUGAUAUUUGACUCAAUUGGAAUGUUUUUCCCAAAAUAAAAAUGGAAGGAAAGGAAAGUGCCAGUGCCCAUUGAUUUAGCUGCAUGGCGUCUUCAUCUGUAUGGAAAUCAACCGUUACGCGCGAUCAUCACGCUCCUCAAAAUUACUAGCGAC